UGCUUAAUGGAAUUUCCGAUUGGUCAGAAGCCUAUUAGGCGGUUACAGCUGCCUUCCCUGGAACCCGGAAGUGGGACGUUGCACCGGUCAGUCACAGUGAGAUACACUUUCUAAUGGACAUGGAGAAAAAAGUGAGGAAAAUCACUGUUGUGUCUGACCCAGAAGCUACAUAUUUUCUACAGAUUGGAUGGGAGAAAGAUUUGGGCAAAGGAUUUGAGGUGACACUGUGUGACGGCCACAUUGCAUGGGUUGGUGCAGCGUCAGAGGAAGAUGUGUCCAGAGAAGCAGCAGAUAUGGAGAUGGAGCAGCCAAAAUAUGUUGAAGAGUUAAAGAAGGCGCUGAUUACUGUGGCACAGCCAGCUAACAAGUACAGCUUUGAUCUUGUAAAAGAUGGAGACAUCCCUGAAAUGUAUUACUUUACGUAUGAGAAAAAAUUAAAAGAUGUUUCGUUUAAGCUUGGAUCACUCAGACUGAAGAAGGCCCCAAAUCCUGCUGAAAUUACCAGACAGUUAAUUAAUUAUUGCCUGAACUGUACAACAGAAUUACUUAGUAGAAAUGAACAUCUGCUAAAGGAAAAUGAAAGACUCCGAAGUGAUUGGAAUUACAUUCAUGACAAGCUUGAACAAUUUGUAAAUAGUAAGGAAGAACUAGAGCGUGAUCUGUAUACUAAAUUUACAUGUGUGCUUAAUGAGAAGAAAGCAAAAAUUAGGAGUAUGAAUGAGAAACUAUCACAGACUCAGCAGAAGGUGCAGGAAAAAAGCAGUAGCUCUAUUCCAUUUGAUACUGUUCCUGUUGCUGAAUUAACGACUGAUGACUAUAAUGGUUCAACUGAUGAUGACCGUAAAAUCUCAGAGGUCACAAAGGAGACUGCCAUGGCCAAGAAAUCAGCAGAAAAAAUGAGAGAGUACCGAGCAAGGAUGGACCAAGAAAAAACACGUCAACGACUUGACAAAGCAAGAGACAUUAUGCGAAGAGUCCGGCAGAAACCAAAAAGCAUAUCUGAGAAAAAAGCACAGCGGGAUGCUACAAAAUUACGUGUCCGGCUGUGCCGUGCACGUAAGAAGGCUGCUGCAAAAGGAAAUGUUGCCAGUACCUCUCGCUCUCCAGCUUAUAAGUCUCCUAGCUCUUUGGGUAAAGCUCUGUCUAGAGUGAGGAAAACAUUUUAGAACAUGUGAAGACGCUUAUGAAUGUACCAAUGCAUCGUCUGUAACUGUGGACAGAUGGUGCCGCACAGCAUUUCAAGAAUAGAAAAGCCAUGGCUUAUUUGUCUAUGCUAAGAAAUGACAACCCUGAAUGCAUAACUAUAAAAUGAAACUACCAGGACUCUUAUCAUGGAAAAGGACCUCAUGAUGGUGUUGGGGCUACACAUAAACGUACUAUUUGGAAGAGAGUACUUCAAAGAAAUGAAGUAGUGCAGUCAGCUCAAGACUUCUAUAAUACAGCAGUCAAAAACGUUGAAAAUAUUCACUGCAUUUAUGUUUCUUCCGAGAAAGUUGAGGAAAUGUCUUCAAAUUACUUAUGCCAUUGGGAAGACCUUCAACCUGCUACAGUAAUUCAGGAAGCACGCAGUGUCAACUACCAUUCCUUAUAUUGUUCAACUUUAUGAAAACGCAGGAGAUGAAAUGCCAUUUCAAUUAUGCAAGCUAAGACCAGAAAUCCACAGAAUGGAUCACACUGCAUUACAGGGGAUGUCACAUGACACACAACACAUCAGUGUAAACUUAACCGCUGAUAACUACGUAAUCGUACACUAUGACAAAAUCAGAAAAAAAUUUAUUGGACACAUUUUGACAAAGAAAGAAGAUGUCCUCAAGAUACAAUUCCUUCAAAAGCAGAUAGGGAAAGAUUUGUAUUUUGUCUAUCCCCAAGCAGAUGACGUAGAUGAAGUUUCAUUUGAAAUGGUUGUUGCAAAGUUAGCCAAACCAAGAGAAGUUAGAGGAAAGUUUUAUUUCUCACAAAACCUACCUGUGACAAUUGAGUGACCUUCAUGUUCUUUACUACUCUAUUUAGUUUAAAUUUAUUUUUCAACACUCCUUACAAUGAUCUCAGUUAUGAACAUUUGAUUGUGUAACAUUUGUUACUUGUGUGUAACGUUUGUUACUUUUCUGUAUUUUUUUCUAGGCAAGAGAUGAACAAGUCAUAACUUUGUCAUUUACUCCUGUUUUAAACUAUAUGCUAUCUAAUACAAAUACAGGUAUUUUUAUUUCCAGACCUUACCAAUUAGCAGAGAAAUUUCUUUAUCUAUCACAAACAUUGCAGCUCUGUCAUUUUCAUGUAACGUUUGUUACCAGUUUUCAAUCCUCUAUCUCAGAGGCAUCUAACAAUGACAAGAUGCCAAGCUUUGCAUCAAAAUUAAAGCAUAUCCUGUACCGCACAAACAACAUUUACUUUGCACAAAAUAUUCAAAACACAUGCUCCAAAAAAUAUAUUUCACAUGAUCUGUUUGUCAAAAUGUAACGUUUGUUACCAUGGAAUGACCCUCUUGUGUCAUGUUCUACACACCCUUUGGAUGAGGCAUUGGCUGGAAAGAUUGAUCACUUACUGCAGUAGCUUUGUGAGAGCUGUUGUGUAUUCUGUUUGUGCAUUGUAUUAUACAUGUUAUGGUCUUUUAAUUACAGUACUUUCUAAUUAAACCACCUAUUUACAACAUAACCCUUGCUUCUGAUAAAUAGGGAGCACUGUAUUUUGUAGUUGACUUUCCAUUAAAGCCAUUGUUUGUCAGGUGGUCAUUGGCUGUCAGAUUGAAUUGAAAGAAUCUACAGAUGUGCCCUCAUACAACUAGCCUGAAUAUGCCACAUGGUGCGAGACGUCUGGCACGAGUCCUCAAUGCCAAGCAUUGAAGCAUCCUUUCACGCAAAUGUGCAUCUUAGUCACAAUGCGAUGCAACAUAACACUUCAUGAGACUGCACUGAUUCAUUUUCUGUGCAUACUUGACAUGAAAAAAAGCUUCAGCUGCUGCAUCGUAGUGCAGUGUAUACAGAUUCGGACUCAGCGGCACACAGAUAUACAAGUGUUGCAAAUCAGAUUUAUCGGUGCAGUCUUUUGAAGUGGAUUUGUUGCAUCACAUUGCGACUAAGAUGCACAAUCGUCUGAAAAAGCCACUCUGUACAAUCUACGUUGCAUGGGACUUGGCAGCAAUAGUGUAUGAGGACACAUCUGUACAAAGUAUUUCAUUGCUAAUAAUGAACAGUACAUUUCCAGUUGUGU